CAAUUUGCUCUAAACAACUCUACCUCCUAUGUCCAUAUACCUUGAUCAGGAUAAAUAAUCGUACGUUCCGGUAUCGCUUUUGCUGCUGUUUUGGGAUAAUAUAUCGUGUUCUAAUCACAUUUACUGCCGGCCAGUGCGUUCGUGCCUGCGUGCACGGUCCCCUAGUAGCAAUGAAUGGCAACAUCAUGGUGAAAUGUGAACCGAUAAGCGAAGAAUCCGAGCUGUUCAGCAGUCUUGUUGCGAACGGCAACGAUGAUUUGCAGCAGCAACAGCAACCGCAACAAAGCCAACAGCAAGAGCUUCGUUUGCUGUGCAUGUACAAGCUAAAGGUGGCCGAAGAAACGGUGGCACUGCUGGAAGCGCAACACAUGAAUGUCGAGUGUUUGCGCAAAAUGCGCAUCGAAGAUGUGGACGUCCUGUUCGAGGCGAAACCGCUCGGUUGGAAGAUCCUGUUCCGCGAAGCGUUCCUCGAAUGGCGAGAAGAAAUUGGCCUGCCGUGCAAGAGCAUCAAAAUGCUACACACUCGCAAACGUCCCAGCGAAUCAUACGAAACACAGGCGGAAAAUCAGCCGGCAACGCUAGCACACUGGGAUGAUUGUUUCUCACCAGCGGCACAGCUGUUGCUAGCCGAAAAGGAAGCACCCGCGCAGCAGCAUGAAAAUGGUGCCAUAAACAAUCGAACCUCCCGUUGGCCGAUGACACCGGGUUUGUUAAAGGAUGUGCUGAACAGUACAUACGUUGGUCGAUCGAUCCUUGCCCGCGGGUGUCUUGGGGCGCUGGGCAAAUCGUUACAAUACCAGCUGACGGCCAUCAUCAUCGAUUACCAUAUGGCGUACAAGACGAAAAUUACUUCACCCGAGCUGGAAAACUAUGCGUACUGCAUAACCACCCUGUUGCCGCACGAAGUGGCGGCAACCUAUCACAUUCCUCGCGGUCCGAACCGACGCACUCCGGGCGGUUCACUGUAUUCCCGUUUUAUAAAUCAGAAAAUUAGCAAAAAGGCGCUUGCGAUCGGAAAUUCAAUUAGUGCUUCGUAAAAGCUUCUGAGAUAAGUUUGGUGCUCGUUGAUGUUGAUGUAUUUGUGUGUGUGUCAGUGGGAUGGAUACUCGCACCAAAAGGAACAUUACGUCCACCGGCAAUCGUGCAUGUACGGAUGUGAUUGAUGCGCGUUUUUGAUUUGUUUUACCAAAGAUUGAUUGUUGUGUAAUGAAUAGGAUUAGUAACUACAUUAUAGUUAGUGGUAAAAACGUGUGCGUCGUGCAAAUAAUGUCGAUGUUUUAGAUAAUUGUUUAACUUCGUCACGGUUCCAGCUCGCUCGAAUUGAGUGUACCGUAAAGUAUGAUUUAGUAUGCUAUCGGCUAUAGGAACUAGCAUGUGUAGGAACCCUCAUUACCUUUAUCUACAAUGUUCAAACUUAACUCACAAAAGAAUUUGUAUAAUCCAAAAUUAUAAAUUAACAAAAUGAAAGUUUGCAAACGAUCUCGCUUCAUUCUCGCCGCAUUCCGUCACACGUGUAGUAGGCGCUGAACGAGCUGGCUCAACUGACGUUUGGAUGUAAACAAACAAACCGUACAAGCACACACGCACACACUGACAGCAGUUUGCUCAGUGCGGUACGUUACGGGGGGGGGGGGCAGAUAUCGUGCGCUAAAUUACGAGACGACAUUGUACAAUAAAACCCAGGAACAUUCCUCCCUAAUUGCAGCCAUAAUUAUGCCAUCCUUUGAUGCACAAUUCAAGCAACGGGUACUGUUUGUUCCAUACUGCUGUGAUGCGUGAACGCCUUCAUCGUUCGCUGCUCUUGUGCCGUCGUGUCGUCUGUUUAUCAUCUUUGCAAGGAGAGCGAUCACGACCACCGAUGGUAAGAGGAAACCUCGCAUAAGCUGUGAUAAGCGCACCGAUAAGAUAGGGUGCGUCUGAUCGAUUUGCCACCAUCGAGAGGGACGGGCUCUGGCGGGCCUCUCGUGGCUGUGGGCGCAAAGAUUAGAUACAAUUCGGACCGUAAUCGGAUUAGGCAGGUUCGGUCGGGGAACGCCAGCAAGUGCCAAUCAGACGGCUUUUUGUGAAGCAACAGUGAGGUUGAACCGGUUGAACUUUGUACCCCCCGCCCCCCCGGAACAUUGUUACAGUGAACGUAACCGCAGCACGCACAGAAUGGCAUCUGGUGGGAUGAAAAAAUUCGGUGACCUCGUUGGUUCGAUCGACGAAGGCACUAGCUCGGCCCGAUUUUUGCUGUUCCGCGCUGAAACCGCCGAGGUGGUUUGCUUCCAUCAGAAGGAGCUACGCCUCAUCUGCCCCCAGGAGGGCUGGGUUGAGCAGGACCCGAACGAAAUCCUGAGCGUGGUGUACGAGUGUAUCGAGCGGACGUUGGAAAAGCUGAUCGAGCUCGGUGGCAACCCGCAGAACGACAUUGUGGCGAUCGGUGUAACGAACCAGCGCGAGACGACGAUCGUGUGGGACCGAGCAACCGGCGAACCGUUAUAUAAUGCGAUCGUUUGGCAGGACAUGCGAACGUCCUCGACGGUCGACCAGCUGCUCGAGACGGUGCCGAACAAAACGAAGAACAAAAACUACCUCAAGCCACUGUGCGGUUUGCCGCUGUCGCCGUACUUUUCGGCCGUCAAGCUGCGCUGGUUGAUCGAUAACGUGCCGAAGGUGAAGAGUGCCAUCCGCAGCGGGAACUGUCUGUUCGGUACGGUAGACACGUGGUUGAUCUGGAAUCUGACCGGUGGUUCGGACGGUGGUGCACACGUUACGGACGUUUCGAACGCAUCGCGCACCAUGCUGAUGAACAUCGAGACGCUGAAGUACGAUAAAGCGCUGAUGAAGUUUUUCGACGUGCCGGUCGAAAUACUGCCCCAAAUCCGUUCCAGCUCCGAGGUGUACGGGUUGAUAAAGUUUAAACCACUGCAGCACAUCCCACUGGCCGGCUGUUUGGGCGAUCAGCAAUCCGCCCUGGUUGGGCAGGAAUGUUUAACGCGCGGCCGGGCAAAGGCAACGUACGGCACCGGUUGCUUCCUGCUGUACAACACCGGCACGGCUGUGAUCGAUUCGUACCACGGGCUCAUCUCAACCGUUGCCUACCAGAUGGGCCCGGAUGCGUUGCCCGUGUACGCGCUGGAAGGUUCGGUUGCCGUCGCCGGCGCUGCACUCGGCUGGCUGCGGGACAAUCUGAACCUGAUAGGUGGCGCAUCCGAAUCGGAAUCGGCCGCGCUGGAAGUGGAAAACAAUGGGGACGUGUACUUUGUGCCCGCGUUCAGCGGGCUGUACGCACCGUACUGGGAUCCGGAAGCGCGGGGCGUCAUCUGUGGCAUCACCGAGGACACGCAGCGCGGACACAUUGUGCGGGCAGCGCUGGAAGCGGUUUGCUUUCAGGUGCGCGACAUUCUCGACGCGAUGAACAACGACAGUGGAACGCCGCUGCAGAAGCUGAAGGUGGACGGUGGGAUGACGGCAAACGCGACCAUGAUGCAGUGGCAGGCGGACCUGAUCGGGCUCGACGUGCUGAAGCCAAAGUUUGUUGAGACAACGGCACUGGGUGCUGCCAUGGUCGCGGGACGUGCCGUAGGCAAAUGGGACAUUGAAAACGUGAGCGUGGAAAGCGACAGUACCGUCUUCAAGCCACAGAUCAGCGAAAACGAGCGAGAUGUGCGCUACAAACGGUGGAAGAUGGCCAUCGAGCGAGCGGUCGGAUGGGACAAGUGUCCAUAGUUUGCAUGGUUCGCGGUAUUCUUUUGUUUGCGGUUACGCUGCUAGAUGAUGAUAAGAAACGCGCUAGAUAAGGGUAGAGGGUAGGUGGCUAGUUAUGUGAUAGGAGCGCGCGUGAGUUUGUUUUGUUUUUCCUCCUUAAGUACUUAAGAUCGAUUAAGUUGUGAAAAUAAAGCACGAUGCUUCAAAGAACGAUA